AUGGUUUUGAAAGGGUUGUUAUUUGAAAGUGUUUCUAGUUAUGUCGUAGGAAAUCGGUCGUUAGUGUCUAGAAAAGGAUUUGACGGCAAAACCUGCCCGUGGAAGCAGACUUCGCUUGGACUUGCAGCCUCAGCACUACCGGUACGGUAUUCUCCCCCAAACAUCCCCACUCCUCAAAUUGCUCAUCGUCACACCACGAACAGCAUGAGCCUAAAGCGUGAGAGACCCCUUUCCACCGAAAGCGGAGUGCCUCCAAAAUACUUUCGAUCAUCGAGAAUAAUCGAAGGCACUUCCUCAUUCGAAGCCGCUUUCUCAACAGAAGUGUCAGCGAAAGCGCUUCAAACCUUGCCUGAGUUUGCUUCAGCAACACACCGCAUAGCAGCAUGGAGAAGACGAUCACGGCAAAAAUCAUUGAUGCCAGACACCAAGAUAUUAUACGACUUGGGUUACGAUGAUGACGGAGAGAAGUAUGCCGGAAGUAGACUACAGAGCGUACUUAAUGACAGCCAAGUCCAAGGCGAGAUCGUAGUCGCUCGUUGGUAUGGCGGGCAGAAUAUUGGCCCCAUUCGUUUCACGCAUAUUGAAAAUGCCGCCAAACAAGCCAUUUGGAGCUGGAAAGCUGCAGCAGAAAGUGAAGAGAAGGAGCAAACUGCAAAAAAGCGAAAGUUAGAGGAAGAAAAGUCACGCAAGGACCUGGAAACGAAUUUAAGAGAGAGAGAUCUGAAUAUAUUCGUGUUACGGACGCUUCUUGCUGAUAAGAAGGCAAGAUUGAACAAGUCAGAGCCUGCUCCUCCAACGCCCCAGAAACCCCCUCCGGAUUAUGCGACAUUGUCCGCAGAAGCGUUGGGAAGAAUAGACAAAGCCCGAGAUGCGACCAUCGCGUUCAUUUUGAAACAAAUCGACAAUGUGGAGGAGCAGUUGAAGAUCCUGGAGGCCCUCGAAGAUGAGCCUACCCAGAAUUCCGCACGCGACGAAGUAAUUGGACCCGAGCCAACAGAGAAUGCGCCCCACACGCCCAAAAAAGACAGAGGAAGUUGA